GUUCGUGAUCUGAUGUUGCGCGCUCCCUGAAAAUGUUGCGCAGGUUGUAAUGCGAAGGGGAGAGAGAAGAGGCUGUGUCAGGGUGACAGCGGCUGGCUACUGAUAAACUGCACGCACAUCUAAUCCAAUUGAUCCAACUACCUAAUCUGCACAGCAUCGCUUUGCACGCAGGCAUUGCGCUGAAGAGCCACAGCAUUUGGACUUUGGGGUGGAGGUGGGCGUCACAUGUGGAAGAUCUUGCAGAAGCAGAGUACAGAGAGAAGCGGUGUGCUGCAUCAGAGAAUCGCUCAUCAGCAUUGCAAGGAGGUUUCGAGAGCCAGGGUUCUGGAGACUUCUUGGCACAGAGAUAGAACUCCGGAGGUUGGCAUGGAACUGUCUGCCAUCGGGGAGCAAGUGUUUGCAGUGGAGAGUAUUCGAAAGAAGAGGAUAAGGAAGGGUAAAGUGGAAUAUCUUGUCAAGUGGAAGGGUUGGCCACCAAAAUACAGCACAUGGGAGCCUGAAGAACAUAUCCUUGAUCCAAGACUUGUGUUGGCAUAUGAGGAAAAGGAAGAAAAAGAAAGAGCUUCAGGUUGCAGGAAACGCGGCCCGAAGCCCAAGCGACUCCUCUUUCAGAGGCUUUAUGGCAUGGACCUGCGUAGCGCACACAAGUCCAAGGAGCGAAGCCUUUGUUUCUCACUGUCGCGGAGGUUCAGUGGUGGCCUUGGAACCAAACCAGCACAAGCAUCAGCGGUGCCAGAGAAAGCCAAGUCCCUACAGUUCCCACUCAGCAAGCAACGCAAGGGUCGCAAGUUUCUGUGCCUGUCUCGCAAGAAGUUCCUUCGGGUCUCCACAUAUGAGCCUUUGAGCCGAAGAACUGAAUUCUUUGCCAAGGAUGAUGAAAAAGAAGAAACUCAGGUCAUCAGUGACUGGCAAGAGGAGAAACAAACUGAAGAAGAAAGUCAUGAAGAUGACACAAAACCAGCUGCUCCACAGCAUUGGCUCCCUGCUCUUCCCAGGCCCAGUGAAAUCACUGUUACCGACAUCACCUCAAACUCCAUUACGGUGACUUUCCGUGAGGCUCGAUGUGCAGAAGGUUUUUUCCGGGACCGUGGUGGCGACUGCUAGUUGCACCAUCCCUCUGCUGUAUCUUUCUAUUUUAUUCCUCUUCCUUCCUCCUCUGAAAUGAUGUUUAAAAACUGGGAAGAAACACUAACACUACCAGUGGUAAAACAAGCAUUUUACAUUUCCCUUUCAGAGGUCUGUGUAUGAGUAGAGCAUUGGGCCCACACUAGAAAGGUGUGAUCUUUCCAAAGUAUUUCUUAUGGCUCCACAGAUAUAUGGUGACUUUCCCAAGUUUGCAUUAUGUAUUAAAAAUUAUGAAUGGACACUCUCCAGGCUAUCUCGAAAAGAAGUCUGUAGUCCAAUAUUAUUGCGUUAGGGAUAAGUACUAUAUGACCUUGCUUACUUAGGAAAUAAUCAUAUCCUAUUCACUUUAUCAGUCAGACACACAAUCCCGUUACCAUUAGAUUUGAUGAUCAUUUCACAAAAUAAAAAUAUGGGUUUAGUUUGUGCUGUAAUGUGGGGCUAAGCAAUCUACUUGUUGGCCUAUAACACCAAAUAUCCUCAGCAAUCCUCCAUCUAUCCUUGGUGAAGGGCUUUGUGGUUCAAUAACAACUGAGGGGGCAAUAGGUUAGCCAUCCAAUCCUUAUACCAAGGCUUGGAUUUUAGAUAGUUACAAGACAUAAAAUAUGAAAUUAUGGCAAGACACAAUACAUCUGUAUUUUGUAAUACAUUAAUUGCAAAAUUUCAGGUUUUACAUUUUGUACACUAUACUGUAAUAAUAAUCUUUUGUACAGGUUUUAGCAUAUCUGUCUAUAACAAUUUCUAUCUGUCCUAAGUAAUAUUCAUUGCCAAAUGCAGGCCAUAUUAUCUUAAUCAAGAAGACAUUUUGUACCUACACCUGCUCCAUUUCUGUCUAUACAAAUGCAAUGCCUGUUUAUGUAGAG